CCCCGUCCCGUCCUCUUUGUCUCCAACUACACGGUCACUCUUUGGGGGCAAUUCACGAUCUCUGGUUGCGGUCAUGCCGCUCGCAUACUCAUUGCCGACGGACUUGUCGCCGGCGACGGUGGUGAACGCAUCCUCGCUGUUGCGCAUUGUGGCUCUGGCUCUCAUUUCCGGGGCGGCCAUAGCGUCACGUCUCUUCGCGGUCGUCAACUUCGAGAGUGUCAUUCACGAAUUCGACCCGUGGUUCAACUACGUUGACAAAGGGAUCCAGGAAUUUUGGAACUGGUUCGAUCCCACAGCAUGGUACCCGCUGGGACGUGUUCGGAGUGAUCUACAAUAUACUCACGCCCUUAACCUGCCUGUCGACAUUCGCAACAUCUGUGUGUUGCUCGCUCCUGGAUUCAGUGCUCUCACGGCAUGGUCUACGUACAUGUUCACGAAGGAGAUGAAGGACGAGAGCGCCGGCCUUCUCGCCGCUGCAUUCAUCGGGAUUGUUCCGGGUUAUAUUUCGCGCUCUGUCGCGGGCUCAUAUGACAACGAGGCCAUCGCAAUCUUCCUACUCAUGUUCACCUUCUUCCUCUGGAUCAAGGCGCUCAAGACGGGUAGUGCCUUCUUUGGUACUCUCGCUGCUUUGUUCUACUUCUACAUGGUCGCCGCUUGGGGUGGAUAUGCCUUCAUUACGAACAUGAUCCCGCUGCAUGCCUUCACGCUGAUACUCAUGGGACGCUCCAGUAGCCGCCUGUACGUGGCCUACUCAUCGUGGUACGCCAUUGGCACCCUUGCCAGCAUGCAGGUGCCAUUUGUCGGAUUCCAGCCUGUGCGCACUAGCGAGCAUAUGGCAGCCUUGGGUGUGUUCGGCCUGUUACAGAUCAUCGCCUUUGCGGAGCUUGUCCGUACACAUGUCUCGUCCAAACAAUUCCAGAGCCUGCUCUUCGCGUCCGUCAUUGGCAUGGGUAUUCUAGGAGCCCUCGCGAUCGUCGGCCUCACAUACAAAGGUUGGAUUGCGCCCUGGACGGGACGGUUCUACUCCCUUUGGGAUACCGGCUAUGCGAAAAAGUAUAUCCCGAUCAUCGCCUCCGUCUCGGAACAUCAGCCGACAGCAUGGCCGUCAUUCUUCAUGGACCUGCAGCUCCUCAUUUUCCUGUUCCCCGCAGGCGUCAUCCUCUGCUUCCGCGAGUUACGGGAUGAGCACAUCUUCGUCAUCAUCUAUGCCGUGGUAGCGAGCUACUUCGCAGGCGUCAUGGUGCGGCUCAUGUUGACCCUCACGCCUUGCGUGUGUGUCUGUGCCGCUGUGGCGUUUUCCUCCGUGUUGGACACGUACAUCGAUCCUGUGGAGCCAAACGCCGUCGAGGAGGGGACAGAGGCAGCCGGAGACGGCGCCGUGAGCGCGAGUUCGACGAAAGGCAAAAAAGCGGCACCAGCGGCACCCGCCGGUCCGCUUGGCGGCCUCGUCUCAACGGUCAGCGCCGUCGUGUCUACCAAGAAAGGCGAAAAAUCUCGAGGCGUUUUCGGCGGCGAUACCCGCCUCGCCGUCAUCCUCAAUGCGCUCGGCAUGCUCCUGUUCUUCGUGCUCCACUGCACUUACGUGACGUCCACGGCGUACUCCUCGCCUUCCGUCGUGCUCGCGUCGACGAACCCUGACGGCAGCCAACACAUCAUUGAUGACUUCCGAGAGGCAUACUACUGGCUCAGGCAGAACACGCCGGAGACCGCCGUCGUCAUGAGCUGGUGGGAUUACGGCUAUCAGAUCGCAGGUAUGGCAGACAGGCCGACUCUGGUCGAUAACAACACCUGGAACAACACCCACAUCGCGACCGUGGGCAAGGCAAUGUCCAGUAGUGAGGAGGUGGCCUACCCGAUCCUCCGCAAGCACGACGUUGAUACGUCUUGGUCAUCUUCGGUGGUCUGCUUGGUUACUCUGGCGACGACAUCAACAAGUUCUUGUGGAUGGUCCGUAUCGCCAGGGCGUAUGGCCAGACGAAUCCAGGAGCCCAACUAUUUCACGGCCAAGGGUGAGUACAGAGUAGAUGACGGUGCGUCGAACACCAUGAAGAACAGUCUGAUGUACAAAAUGUCCUACUACCGUUUUGCUGAGCUAUUCGGUGGUAAUCAAGCGGUGGACCGCGUCCGGGGGCAGCAGAUGCCUAAGAUAGGACCGACGUUAGACUACCUGGACGAGGCUUUCACUUCGGAGAACUGGAUCGUCCGUAUUUACCAGGUUAAGAAGGAAGAUCCGCUAGGUCGUGACCUCAGGACUGCCAACGCGUUCGAACAGGGCAAAAAGCGUAAGAGGUCGAAGCCUGCGGCUAGACGACGAGCCAACGUGUAGAGGCAUAGCCAGUCCAUUGCAGUAUGAGAGCUACUCGGGUCUUGACGGUUGACUGCGUCCGAAGGUGGUCGGCCAUACGGUGUUCUGACUUUGUCACCAAGGCUCGCAAUCAUCUGUGGCCUGUCUGGUUGUACUAUUUUACUGACUCAUCGUCAUGCGUGGCCGAGCUCCGAACAGUCCAUGGGCCAGAGCAGCCCUUCAUAUGAGUAUCGGCAGCAUGGAAGAUUUGGGACAGUGCGUCAUUGGCUUCGUCCUGAGGUGUGAGUGACCGAGAACUACG